UUCUAAACUCUGACUUCAAUAAUCAGCAUGGGCAUCCAUGCACCUGUCAUCUGCACUCUGCUGUACGUUGUCCUUGACAGUGUCAUCACCACUGUCCUUUACAUCAAGGGGACAGAGCUGUCCCUCUUCAUACGUGAUGUCCUGGACUUUAACAUCCUGAGCUCUGUCCUUGACCUGUGGGGCAUUGUCCUUCUCCGAGCAUCCCUCCUGCUGGGUGCCUCCAUUGGGGUUUUAUGGAACAGGGAGGACGGCCCGCCCAGGGUCGCCCGGGUCACCACCAUCAUUCUCCUCUUCUGCAUGGUUGUCAUCACCUACACACUGGUCAAGCUGCUGAUGCUCACCGAGGUGGAGCCCCUCAGCCGGCAGCCGUGGAUCCUGAGCCUGAUGGUAUGGACCUGCGCCUCCUCCCUGGGUGUCUUGCUGCUCUGGAGGCGGCUCGGGAGGGUUUCCAGCUCCGAGAGCGGGCUGAACGUCAGGAACAGCCGUGGUGGAGGAGGAAGGGUCUCCGAGGACACAGAGAAGCUGGUGGAUACAGCUGGUGAAGAGGAGGAGGCUGGAGGGAGGAAGGAGAAAGAGAAGGUCAGCUCUAGGGCUACGUUGGGACGCUUGCUCAGCUACUGCAGAAAGGAUGCUGGACUGCUUUCCUUAGCCGUCCUCUUCCUGUUCGUCUCUGCAGUGUGUGAAGCUUUCAUUCCGUUAUACUACGGGAAGGCCAUAGACAGUAUUGUGGUUCACCAGAGCAUGGAGUACUUUGCUAAACCUGUAGCCACAUUGGCUUCACUGGCUUUGGUCAGCUCGAUGGCCAUUGGAGUGCGAGGAGGAGUCUUCACCCUGACAAUGGCGAGAUUAAACCUUCGGCUGAGGAGCCGCCUCUUCAGAACCCUGAUGACGCAGGAAAUUGCCUUUUUUGAUGAAAACCACACCGGGGACAUCCUUUCACGUCUGUCAGCAGACACCACCCAGGUGAGCGACCUCAUCUCCCAGAACGUCAACGUGUUUUUGCGGAGCGUCAUCAAGGGCAUCGGCUUCAUCAUCUUCAUGUUUCGGAUGUCCUGGAAGCUCACGCUGGUCACCAUGAUGGGAUUCCCUUUCAUCGCUCUCGUCUCCAAGUUUUACGGCGAAUACUACAAGAAACUGACCAAAGAGGUGCAGACGGUCCUAGCAGAAGCUAACAAGGUCGCCGAAGAGACCAUCUCGGCCAUGAGGACAGUGAGGAGCUUCGCCAAUGAGAGCGGGGAGGCCGACUCCUACUACGCCAAACUCUUGGUCAUGUUCCAGCUCAACAAAAAGCAAGCCCUGGCCUACGCCUGCUACAUGUGGUCCAGUUGUAUAUCAGAGCUUGCUCUUGAAGUGGCUGUCCUCUACUACGGAGGUCAUCUUGUACUCACCGACCAGUUGAGCAGCGGCGGCUUGAUUUCUUUUUUCAUUUACAUGCUGGAGCUGGGAGAAUGUUUUGAGAGCAUUGCGUCAGUCUACACUGGCCUCAUGCAGGGGGUUGGAGCAGCUGAGAAGGUGUUUGAGUAUCUGGACAGGAAACCCAAACAUCCGGCGGAGGGCACCGAGGCUCCAAACUCCUGCACUGGUCUGGUUGAGUUUAGAGACAUCACCUUCGCUUAUCCAACGCGGCCAGAGGUCGACGUCCUCAAGGGAGUGUCGUUCACUCUGCGGCCCGGAGAGGUGACUGCCUUGGUGGGGCCUUCAGGCAGUGGAAAGAGCUCCUGUGUGAGUCUGCUGGAAAAUUUCUACCUCCCUCAGAGAGGCCAAGUGCUGCUGGACGGGAAUCCUGUUAAUGAGUUCCAGCAUGACUAUCUGCACUCCAAGAUUGCUCUGGUGGGCCAAGAGCCUGUGCUGUUUGCCCGGACCAUUAAGGAGAACAUCUCCUACGGGCUGAGUGACGUCUCUAUGGAGAUGGUGGUGCAGGCUGCCACCAAGGCUAAUGCUCAUGACUUCAUCACCAGCCUCCCCAAAGGCUACGAUACAAGUGUUGGGGAGAAAGGCUUGCAAUUGUCUGGGGGACAAAAACAAAGGGUGGCUAUAGCCAGAGCUCUCAUCCGCCAGCCACGCGUCCUCAUCCUGGAUGAAGCCACAAGCGCUCUGGACGCAGAAAGUGAACAUAAUGUCCAGCAGGCUUUGAACCGCAUCAUGCAGCAACACACAGUGCUGGUGAUCGCCCACCGGCUCAGCACGGUGGAAAAGGCCGACAACAUCAUCGUGAUCGACAGGGGCCGAGUGGCCGAGCGGGGGAACCACAGUCAGCUGAUGGCCACCGGCGGCCUCUACUGCAAGCUGGUGCAGAGGCAGGUCCUGGGCAUCGAGACCGGGGCGGAGGACCUCAAUCCGUCGGAGACCGUCCGGUGGAAGUCUGACAGAGGGCGGAGGCGACAAAGCACCGGCAGCAGCGGGAGCGAGUCGGAGCACAAUAUGCGCUACUGAGGUCGAGCUGCAGAGUGCAAAAUGUUUUCAACAUGACAGGCGAAUGAUAAUCAGGCUGGUCUGGGCUACUGUGACAGGAAAAAAAACCCUAAAAGUCAAAGCACUCCGCUGAUAUCCAAAGAGGUUGUCACUUUAAAGAUUCUGUACAAAAUUUCAGAUCUACUUACUUAACGGCUUCAUUAAAGUAGUACAGGGGACUCAACAGCAUACAGUGUAAAAUAAAAUAAAAGCAAGAUAAAUAAUUUCACAACUUUUCCACAUAAAUUGACAAAUAUUUUGCACUAGGGCUGCAACUUUUUCACUUCCGAUACGAUACCGAUAUUGCAGCUUUGAGUAUGGACUGAUACCGAUAUUCACUCUAUACUAUAACAGCACAAAUUAUGACUACUUUUAUUACUUAUUCUGUAGUGUGGAAUGCUAUAAAAGGCUUGUGAACAACAAUAGAACAACUGAGCUAUUUAUUAUUAACCAAUGGGUCUGUGUGUGGGAUACAAGCACGGCUGGAAAGAAAUGCUGGGGCGGACUAAAUGCUGGAGUGGAGUGCUUCUGUUGGCCUGCUUGAACGAGAGAUUUUAGAUACAGGGCCGGCUGAUACAAUCCGAUGCUCAGUUUUUAGCUGAUAUCAGACCGAUUUCCGAUAUUAAUAUUGGAUCGGGACAACCCUUAUUUUACACAAUUCAACUCAAAACCAAACUAGGAAGAAAAAAAAAAUAUAAAAAAUUAAAAAUGUGCAAAAACCCAGUUGUAUGCACAAGAGCUGGUGUGCUGCAUGUUUUAGAUUAUUCUCUGGUUCAGAGUGUCGGAAUAAAACUAAAUCGUUUAUUACAAGAACAUGUAGGACACGAUCAGAAGGUAAUUCAUCCAUUAAUUCAACUGUGUUGGACCAGAACAUUUUGAGAGCAUCUGUUCAUACAAUAUUUUAAUGCAUCACUAGCCUUGAAUGAAUGUUCACCAAAUGCUUUAUCAGCUUAAAAAAAGGGAUGUGCUGCUGUCAAUGCACUUUUUUAUUUCAGCAAUACCUCAUUGACAUGUCAGUGUAACUGUUUUUUACUUUGAAGCUGUCUAGCUGUUUUUUAACUUCUGUUUAUUUAUAAAAAGGAAUUCCUUUAUUGGCACUACAUAUGCUGGAUAUACUUUCAAAUACUGAAAAUGAUAAAAAGUGUGAUCGCUAAGUAUGUAUAAAAAAUGUAUGAUCUUCCCCUUGUUUUUGAAGAAAGUGUUAAUUGUAAAACAGAUAAGGAGCCAUACUAAUUUAUAGCAAAUAUUGUUAUGGCAACUACUUUAAUGCUUCCAGUUCUGUAAAGUUGUGGUGUAAAUGCCAUGUUAAGUGCAUGUGUGUGUGUGUGUGUGUGUGUGUGUAUUCUAAAGUAUACAACUACAA